CCUAACCCAACCCACCACCCCACCCCAACCCAACCCAUUCCUCUCUAUCUCCUCUCCCUCUCCGCCACCAUCACGAAAGCAGCCGUCCAAUUGCCCAUUCCUGCUACUGAUGGAGCACAUCAACAAGAUUCAAUCCUACAGCGGCGGCAAGCAAGGCUAUCCGAACGAUAUCUUCACCUGAUGGCAUCGAAUCCCUCGCCGGCUCAACUUCAUGAAGCACUUCUGGAUCGGCGACAACAAAAGAGGUCAAGAGGAAGAAGAACGAUCUCUUCGGGUCGGACCCGCCGGAGCUCAACGUGCUCCAUUACCUCGGGGUGAAGUUGUGGUUGUGCUUUAGGGAUUACGACUGCAAUUGGAACUCGGAGAUCUUCCGCGAGUUCGCCAACGACGUCGUGCACUAGCGGUGUUAGAAGGUCCACGACGCGAUGUUGGCGGAGCUGCAAGGGUUUUGCUUGCUGGAGUCGAGGCAUAAGAUAUCAAUACCAAUGGAUGCCAAAACCAGAUCAUGCCUCUGCCACACUGUUUUCCUGGCCGCUUCCCUCAUACUUUGUUUUCUGCUUGUCGGAGUCGAGGAAGAAGCUUUUCUUAAUUCGGUAGAGACUUUCAAAGCUUUUCUCUUUUUAGUUACCCUGCCGGUCGGCACUGCAGAAGAUUAUGGCUUUGGCAUUGUCGCAGACAUAGCACCGGAUCUUCUUCAGCUGUGCGGAAAUGACAACGGAGAGGGAGAGGAGAUAGAGAGGAAUGGGUUGGGUUGGGGUGGUGGGUUGAUUACGGUUUAAUUGAUUUUUUUAUAUUUUAUUAAUUAUUUUUGCUGAUGUGGAUGUUGACGAGACAUCUGACUGGAUCAAACUAACUUAAUUGUGGAUGGAGUUUGACGAAAUUACCUUUUGUUAUUAGUCAAAAGAUAUGUUACUAAAACGUGCAAAAUUAAAGGUUUGUGACCGUUUUGUACAAAGUUAAUUGUUUUAUGACCAUUUAUGAUAACUACCCGCUAUAGUUGGGACUAGGGUUGGGAGUCAUUUGUAUGCAAAUUUUAACAAGAUAGAUUUGGGGAUUUGAGUUAAAAUGACUUGUUUAAAUAUUCAAGAAAUUUAUACAUAUGAUUUGUUCUAAAUAACUCGUUUGGAAUUAGAUAUGAGUUUUUUAUAAGAAAAGUAAAAUUUCUAU